AUGGCUGAGGACUCUCCUGCUGCCGCUGCGCCCGCACCCGACGCUGCUGAGACCGUUGAGCGCGCUCCUGUUGAGGCACAGCCCGCUCCUGCGGACUCGGCGCCAGAACAGACUAAGGAGAAGGAAGAGAAGGAGGCCAAUGGCUCGGGUGAGAACGCAUCAGAGCCAGCAUCUGCUCCUGAGGAAAAGAAGGAGACAACUGAAGCUGAGAAGCCCACCACGCCCUCCGAGCCCGUCGACGCGAAGGAACCCGCCGAUGGCGCAGCCGCCCCUGCAGAGCUCGAAGCCGCCCCAGUAUCGGAGGCCAACGGAACACCCGCCUCGGCCAAGAAAUCAUCCUCUUCGAGGCGCAAAUCCACCGGAGGUUCAUUGAGCAGAAAGAAGUCGCAAGUUCGCGUCACGCAUCUCGACGCGAAACCUGGUGAUUAUUUCCUCGCGCGUCUGAGGAGUUACCCGCCAUGGCCAUCCAUCAUCUGUGAUGAAGAGAUGCUCCCUCAGACCUUGCUGGAAACGCGUCCCGUGACCGCCCAACGUGAAGAUGGGAGCUAUAGAGAGGACUACGCUGAUGGCGGCAAGCGCGCGCACGAGCGAACCUUCCCGGUCAUGUUCUUCGAAACCAACGAGUUCGCCUGGGUUCCCAACACAGAUCUCACCCCUCUCGAUCCCUCCACCUGCAAGGAAGUAUCGGAGAAGGGCAAGUCCAAGUUGUUGCUGUCCGCCUUUGCUGUUGGUGCGGAAGGCCACGAUCUUCAGUACUUCAAGGAGCUACUGGCCGACCACCAGCGUGCGCUCGAGCAAGAAACAGAAGAGAAGGAAGCCCAGGCAGCUGCGAAGGCAGCCGCCAAAGCUGCCAGAGAAGCAAAGAAGAAUAAGCGCAAGAGCAUGGACGUCGUUGACGAUGACGAUGUCGAGAUGGAGGACGUUGACGAGGAGGAACACAAGCCGAAGAGCUCCAAGAAGCGGAAGAAGGAUGCUGAAGCUGAUGUCACGGGUGACGAGAAGCCCGCAAAGACCCCGAAGACCACCACCAAAUUGAAGUUGACGACGCCCAAGACCCCGACCGCUGAGACUGGAAAGAAAGCUCCUGCUUCUAGCAAGGCCAAGCAAACUGCCAGCACCAAGAAGGCUAGCAAGGCCGCCGCAAGUGACGAGGAUGAGGACUCCCGUCCCGCUUCCAAGGAACCUGAGAAGAAGGUCAACCAGGAAGAACUAAAGGAAAAGAAAGAAAAAGAGAUUCUCUUCAUCCGCCACAAGCUUCAAAAGGGCUUCAUCUCUCGCGAACUCCCCCCAGCAGAGGAGGAAAUGACGACUAUGUCGGGCUACUUCAACAAAUUGGAGAAGCACACCGAUCUGGAAGUGUCUAUCAUCCGUGCGACCAAGAUCAAUAAGGUGUUGAAGAUGAUUGUGAAGCUCAGUUCUAUCCCUCGGGACGAGGAAUUCCAGUUCCGGCAACGUGCGAUCAACAUCUUGUCCAAGUGGAAGAACGUGCUUGAUGCUGACACCGCCGGUCCCUCCGAGCCCAAGGACAAGGAGGACAAGCCCAAGGCGAAUGGCGUUAACAAAGAGAGCAGCGUGGAAACUCCUGCCAAGGCUGAUACUGAAAACGAGAAGGAGGAGGAACCCAAGGAGGGCAAGACGAAUACUGCUGAGCCUCAGGAUGAGCCGAUGACCGACGCCGAUGCAGGGGAGAAGUUGGAUGCCCCUGAGCCGGUCAAGGAAGAGGUUGAGAAGCCCACCUUGAAAGCUGAAGAGACACCGGCAGAGAAGGAAGAGGAGAAGACAGCCGAAGAAAAGCCGGCUGAAGAGGCAGUGAAGACAGAGGAGAAGCCUGCGGAGGCAGCUGCUUAA